AUGGAGCUGUGAGUAGAGAUUCACCUGAUGAUCAUGGAAACCCCUCUCAGCCCAAGGACCAUGCGUAACCAGACGCUAGUAACAGAGUUUAUCUUGCAGGGCUUUUCAGAGCACCCAGAAUACCAUGUGCUCUUAUUCAGCUGUUUCCUCUCCCUCUACUCUGUGGCCCUCACAGGUAAUCUCCUCAUCAUUUUGGCCAUCAGCUUCAACUCUGGGCUCCAUACCCCCAUGUACUUUUUUCUGUUCAACUUGGCUACCAUGGAUAUUAUCUGCACCUCUUCCGUCAUGCCCAAAGCACUGGAGGGUCUGAUGUCAGAGGAGAGCUCCAUCUCUUAUGGGGGUUGCAUGGCCCAACUCUGUUUCCUCACAUGGGCUGCAUCCUCUGAGCUGCUCCUCCUCACGGUCAUGGCCUAUGACCGGUAUGCAGCCAUCUGCCACCCUCUGCAUUACAGCACCAUGAUGAGCAAGGCUUUCUGCAGCAAGCUGACCACAGGUGUCUGGGUACUCUGUGCCUUCAACACAACCAUCCACACUGGGCUGAUGCUGCGGUUGAAUUUCUGUGGUCCCAAUAUCGUUACCCAUUUUUUCUGUGAGGUCCCUCCUCUGUUGCUUCUCUCCUGUAGCUCCACCUAUGUGAAUAGCAUCAUGGUUGUCCUGGCUGACGCCUUUUAUGGCAUAUUGAACUUCCUGAUGACCAUCGUGUCAUAUGGCUUUAUCAUCUCCAGCAUUCUAAAGAUGCGGACUGUAGAGGGGAAGAAAAAAGCCUUUUCCACCUGCUCUUCCCACCUCAUUGUGGUGUGUAUGUAUUAUACCGCUGUCUUCUAUGCCUACAUAAGCCCUGUCUCUAGCUACAGUGCAGAGAAGAGCAAGUUGGCUGGUGUAUUGUACACCAUGUUGAGCCCUACUCUCAACCCCCUCAUAUAUGCUCUGAGAAACAAGGAGGUCAAAGCAGCCCUCAGGAAGAUUUUCUCCUUCACCAGAAAUUAAUUUCUGUCUUCUGCAACUUUUGUUGGAGACUGCAUAUUGAAGUCCACGGUGGCCUCAGAGACUCUCCAAUGAAUAAGGCUUUGAAAACUACCACUAAUGAACCAGUGUGAUUACGAGGUUUUCAACAUGCUGUGUAGAGCAAUUAUUGGUAAUCGUCUUGGUUUCUUGCAAUUUAUAUAUUUUCCGCAGCUUGUAACGGAUUUUUUAAAAAAAUAGUACUUAAAUGAGUACUGAGUGAUUAAGAGCACAUUAUUCAUCUGGCAAAACAAAACUCAUUUGAUCUAUAUCCUUAGAAAAUUGGUAAUUCAGUUAAGAAUACACUAGUACUCAUGAUGAUGAAUGUAAAAAGAAAAGGCAUAACAGCGUUGCUUUGCAGGGUGUGGUGUGGAUGU